AUGAGCGCGGUCCAUAGUAUCCAAGUUGGUUCCGGAAUAUUGGAGAUGAGCCCGGUCCAUAGUAUCCAAGUUGGUUCCGGAAUAUUGGAGAUGAGCGCGGUCCAUAGUAUCCAAGUUGGUUCCGGAAUAUUGGAGAUGAGCCCGGUCCAUAGUAUCCAAGUUGGUUCCGGAAUAUUGGAGAUGAGCCCGGUCCAUAGUAUCCAAGUUGGUUCCGGAAUAUUGGAGAUGAGCCCGGUCCAUAGUAUCCAAGUUGGUUCCGGAAUAUUGGAGAUGAGCCCGGUCCAUAGUAUCCAAGUUGGUUCCGGAAUAUUGGAGAUGAGCGCGGUCCAUAGUAUCCAAGUUGGUUCCGGAAUAUUGGAGAUGAGCGCGGUCCAUAGUAUCCAAAUUAUUCCUGCCGUAUUCUCCCAGUCCAGUGAGGAUCCCCAGAUUAUUCCUGCUCUAUUCUCCCAGUCCAGUGAGGAUCCCCAGAUUAUUCCUGCUCUAUUCUCCCAGUCCAGUGGUGAUCCCCAGAUUAUUCCUGCUCUAUUCUCCCAGUCCAGUGAGGAUCCCCAGAUUAUUCCUGCUCUAUUCUCCCAGUCCAGUGAGGAUCCCCAGAUUAUUCCUGCUCUAUUCUCCCAGUCCAGUGAGGAUCCCCAGAUUAUUCCUGCUCUAUUCUCCCAGUCCAGUGAGGAUACCCAGAUUAUUCCUGCUCGAUUCUCCCAGUCCAGUGAGGAUCCCCAGAUUAUUCCUGCUCUAUUCUCCCAGUCCAGUGGUGAUCCCCAGAUUAUUCCUGCUCUAUUCUCCCAGUCCAGUGAGGAUCCCCAGAUUAUUCCUGCUCUAUUCUCCCAGUCCAGUGAGGAUCCCCAGAUUAUUCCUACUCUAUUCUCCCAGUCCAGUGAGGAUCCCCAUAUUAUUCCUGCUCGAUUCUCACAGUCCAGUGAGGAUCCCCAGAUUAUUCCUGCUCUAUUCUCCCAGUCCAGUGAGGAUCCCCAGAUUAUUCCUGCUCUAUUCUCCCAGGCCAGUGAGGAUCCCCAGAUUAUUCCUGCUCUAUUCUCCCAGUCCAGUGAGGAUACCCAGAUUAUUCCUGCUCGAUUCUCCCAGUCCAGUGAGGAUCCCCAGAUUAUUCCUGCUCUAUUCUCCCAGUCCAGUGGUGAUCCCCAGAUUAUUCCUGCUCUAUUCUCCCAGUCCAGUGAGGAUCCCCAGAUUAUUCCUGCUCUAUUCUCCCAGUCCAGUGAGGAUCCCCAUAUUAUUCCUGCUCGAUUCUCACAGUCCAGUGAGGAUCCCCAGAUUAUUCCUGCUCGAUUCUCCCAGUCCAGUGAGGAUCCCCAUAUUAUUCCUGCUCGAUUCUCCCAGUCCAGUGAGGAUCCCCAGAUUAUUCCUGCUCGAUUCUCCCAGUCCAGCAACCCAAACCAUUAA